UUAUGUUAUCGGUGCUGGCAAACAGCUGUCUGGAAUAUAAAAUCCCAUGUUUGCAACAAAGAUAUAAUAAAAUAAAAUAAAAAGUAUACGAAACUAGCUUAAGAGAAUGAAUAGGUUUGAAUAUGCAGAAGCAAGACUGCACGAAAGCGAAUCAUUCGUUAAUAAGGAAACACAGAUUAAAUUGUAUGAUGGUGACCAAAAGACACAAUUCGAGGAGGGCGAGUUAGUGCUGACCACUCAUCGUAUGUUUUGGGGUCGUCCAGGUGAAAUAGCUCGUGCUGCAAUGUGCUUGUGUCUUAAUUUAAAAUACAUUGUUUCUGUCAGUGAGGAACAAGCUAGCAAUUUUGUGUUUGGUCGCAAAACGAGACUUGUACUACAUUUGCGUCCUCCGGCAAGUGAUAAACAACCGGGUCCCUUAGACUACAGUUCAAAUUCGUUUAUAAAACUCUCCGGCAAACAUGGAGUUCUGCCAGAAUUUGCCAACUCAUUGCGUGAAACUUUACAGGCGAAAAUAUGGGAGGUUCAGCUGUCAUCCUCUCAACUACCCGGCGAAGAGAGGCGCCCAGAAAACCACCAAGAAAAGGCAGCAAGGGAAGCUAAAUUGCGUAUGAGAACUGGUAUUGGAGGAAUCGAGAGAGCUAUUGAACAAAAAACCAAAGAAACCGAUGAGAACAUCGCUUUAGCUUUUCAAGAUCUUAGAGUUUUAAUGGCCAUGGCCCAAGAUAUGGUUUCAGUAUCAAGGGUCAUAAGUGAUAAAAUACGUUCGCAAAAGGGAGAAAUUUCCGACGACGAAACGGUUCGAUUUAAAUCUUAUCUCCUGAGCUUAGGUAUUGAUGAUCCAGUCACAAGGGAAGCUUACUCUAGCGAUUCUGCCUAUUACAAGGGUUUAGCCGAGCAGAUAUGUGUCAUGUUGUUAGAUCCAUUGGAGGAAGCUGGAGGAAUGAUGUCUUUAGCUGAUGUUUAUUGUCGGGUGAAUCGUGCCCGAGGGUUAGAACUUUUAUCACCCGAAGACUUGUUACAAGCUUGCCAUUCUAUGCAGGGUCCUAUAAAGCUGCGCAAAUUUCCCAGUGGAGCCAUGGUACUGCAGUUGGAUUCACAAAAUGAUGAACUUACUGCCGAAGAUACUGUUAACUUGGUAAACGAAUCUACCUCAUUGGCCGUGGAGGAAUUGGCAAAGGUUCGCAGCAUAUCGUUGAUAUUGGCCAAGGAACGUUUAUUGGCAGCCGAGCGUAUGGGCAAAUUGUGCAGGGAUGAAUCUCUAGAAGGUCUACGAUUUUAUCCAAACUUUAUACUGCAACCCCCCGCCAUGGAUUGAUCAACAAAAUAGGCGUUAUUUUAUUUUUUUUUUGCUUCGUAUAUUUGUGUAUUGUAUGUUUUUAUAAUUAAUUAGUAAUUAUAAAUUAAGUUGUCUUAUUUUUCUUUAUCACUUAAUAUGUAAUGUUUUUUCAAUAAAUUAUAAUAAUUGCAAGAUUUUUAAGAA